AUGCUCACCGAGACCAGCGGCAGUCCGUAUGCUGAGGGUGACGCACCAAAACUCCGAACCGCAUGCGAGAAUUGUAGGCAGUCCAAAGUCAAAUGCAAUCUGUCCGGCAAAAACGUUUGCACCCGGUGUCUACGCCAUGGCCUACAAUGCCAGUAUGGCUUCGCUAACCGGUCUGGUAAACCGAAGGGCAGCAAAAAUCGAGCCACGCUCCGGAAGCUAGGUCAGCUCCAAGAAGACAAGCCCCCAAUGCGUGGGUUCCGAGGCAGUCGGCUCGUCCCUCCUAUCCCCAUGCCUGAUCGAGACCCUAUGUCAGCUGUGGGCUAUUCAGCCCAUGUUGCCGACCCAAUGUUAGAUGACGAGCCCCCCCCGGGCAUUUGGGAGAGCCCACGGAGUUUCGGCAGCGGCGUGGGAUUGGAAACGCCCAUAUGCCCAUCGCAGUUGACAGUAGUGGAUGGCUCGCCUUUUACAGAUCCUGCGGAUUCUUGCCCUCCCCUGCCCAUCGGUUUGGGCUACCCACACACACCAAGAACACCGAGCUUUCUCUCCUCGGAUAAUUUAACAGAUGGAAUGUCGAGUCCACCAUUCGGCGGAUCGGUGUCGUCUCCUUUUCAAAAUGCGCCUUGUGAGUGUAUUGAUAUGCAACUGUUUCACAUGAACAGGUUGAAUCAACUACAUGCCGAUACGAUGCCUCUUCGAUUUGAUCACAGCCUCCAGACGAUUAAAACUACAUUCUGCGCAUGUCAGGUGUUCUUACAAUGUAUUAAAUGUGCUAAGGAUAAUGCAAAUUUACUCCUGGUCAUUUCGGUACUUAAUUUGACCCUGCAACUAUUUGAAUAUUGGAUAUCGCGCGAGACCGAGCGGAUCCCGCGAGCGGAGUUCGGUGUUGAUAUCCGGUACGGAUACUAUGAGGUCUGUCAGGAUGAAAACCGACGAAUUCGUACUUUUUUACUUCAGGGCUUGCUGUUUCAAUGCCGAGUAACGUUGUCCAUGCUGACGGCGGCGAUCAACACUGCCUGCCUUGAUGGACCAAAGCUUGUCGACAACGACAUUACGGUCGAUUCCAAAUUGCUUACUGGGGACCCGCAAAGCAUGACCUGGCCAUCUACGAGCUCAUGUAUGCCAGAUAUAGAUUCAGAUCUUCUAAACAACGGCGGUGGGAACAUCUGUCUUCUCCCCAUAAUCGCCGGCUAUGAAGCUAAGGUGGAAUCUUUCUUGCAAUCGAUCUCGUCAAACGAAUGUAUCUGUGAAGCCAAGGGUACGAUGCGAGAUGAUUAUAUUUAG